AUGCGGUUCCUUUUGACUCUUAUACCCUACCUCUGUAUCACCACAGGUCUGGUCAUACGAGACGCCCCAAGCUAUGUCAAGAUCAAGGGUGUGAGUCUUCUUGGAAGCGGCUGCCCUGCUGGCAGUGCCGAUGUUCAAGUCGAUGCCACCGGGUCUCUUUUUGAAGCCACGUUCUCGGAGUACGAGGUCGAGACUGGGCCAGGCACCAGACCUGUUGACUGGCGCAAGAACUGCAAGUUGACUCUGAACAUGGAGUUUGAAUCGGGAUUCCAAUUUACCAUCGUCGAGACCGACAUGAUAGGCUUUGCCGAGAUUCCCGCAGGCGUGGACGGCCAGUGUACCAAUACGUUCUCCUUCACUGUUCUGGUCUUCGCCUAUGAGGCCGGCAUUGCCGAUGACAUCGAGGUUGUGCAUGAGGAAACGAGUCCGUUGGUACGCAAUGCCGAAGUCUAUGCCGCAAAUCCGCUCGGCAAAGUCCCAGUGUUGCUCCGACCAGGCGAAGUGCCCCUUUUUGACUCCGAUGUCAUUUGUGCCUACCUGGACACGCGACACGGCCGGCCACCUCUGAUCCCAGCAGAAGAUGAAAGUCGCUGGAAGACACUGCGCAUGCAAGCCAUCGCGCAGGGGCUUGCGGAUGUGGGCAUCUCAUUGCGCUGGGAAACUACAAGACGACCAGAAGAUUUGCGUUUCGCGGAAAUGCGAGAAGCCCUGGAAAGGAAGCUGGUAGAGGGCUACGACUGGCUUGAGCGGGAGCUGGACCUCAACACAAGCACUGGGACGUCUGUUGUUCACGUUGGGCAUAUCGCCGUGGCAACGACACUGAGCUGGCUUGAGUUCCGAGGCAUGCCCGACUUCCGCGAGGGCCGGGAGACGCUGGCAAUGUGGUUCGAUGAGUUUCAGAAGCGACCGUCAAUGAGGGCGACGCCACUAUCAGGCGAGACGCAGGACCAGCUUGUCGACGCAGUGAUGAGAUGA